AUGCGCCCGUCCACGGCCUGUGUCGCAUGUCGGAACCGGCGACGCAAAUGUGAAGUCUCGGCUCCCGGGGCACCAUGCAACUGGUGCAGGCAUAAAAACCUCCUGUGCUCAAUCCUGUCACCGUCGGCCUUCAACGGGCUCUGGUCCAACCCUUCGGCGGAAGUCUCACCAAAGCCUAGCAGUGAUUAUGACCAGGAUCGAGCCAUGAGCCUCGGGGUCCAGUUACCACCAAUGCAGCUCUGCCUCGAGUUGGUCGACUUGUACUUCCGAUAUAUACACGACCUGUUCCACUCCUUGUUUCACCGACCAAGCUUGAUGCAGGACGUGAUCGACGGAACGAUCCCGAAAGUUAUCCUGUUCGCCAUCAUCAGUCUUUCCGCCCGCUUUUCGGACGACCCCAUGUUCGUCGGAAUCGACCCCAGACUCAGGGGCAGACAGUACGCCCAGGCAGCACAAGACCUGCUCGACCUGCGCGAGGUGUCGCUGUCGACGAUCCAAGCGUGCGUCCUCUUGGGUGCAUUCGCCAUCACCGAAGGAGAAGCUUCGACCGAGGCGGUCUUUUACGGGAUAGCCUGCCGGAAUGCCCUCCUCCUGGAUCUCCCCAACAUGCAGGCGUCCUCACCUGUGGAGAAAGAAGUCAACCGUCGCGCUUGGUGGACGUUGUGCAUGAUCGACGUCUGGUCGUCGAACGGAGUGCGCAUCCCUCGCGCGCUGACACCUCGCUCCGAGGUCCCGUACCCGAUGGAAGAGACGGUGUUUCUCCGCCUGAGACGCGACGGCACCACGGCCCCCAACGACCACCUCCCCGAUCCGACGACGAUGCAGAUGCAAGAAAGCGAGUCGUCCCUGCUGACGCAAAUGGUCAAGCUCAACGCCAUCCUGGUGGAGAUCAGCACGGUCAACCAGAUGGCGGCCGCGGCGUUCGCCCACAGCCCCGGCGUCAACGAUUUCAACCACCAGGGCGCCGUCGAGAAACUCGCCCGCAGCCUCGACGAGUGGCACGAGUCCCUCCCCGUCGACCUCCGAGACACGGACGCCAACAUGAAGCGGCACACCUCGAUGGGGUUGGGCCCCAUGUUCGUCGCCGUCUGGGUCGGGUACUACCACUACGGCCAACUGCUGUACUACCCUUACCUCCACGAGGACUCGUACGACGACGACGACGACGAUGUCGGUGUCGACGACAAGGACGCCGUCUUCCGGGCCCCGGCGUCCACCGCCGCCCGGUACUACGCCAACAAGUGCAAGGCCAGCGCCAUCGGCCUGUGCGAACUCUUGUACCGGGCCUACUCGACCCCCUGGUGCGAGGUGUACUACACCAUGGUCGGGCACGUCCUGGUCAUCGCCUCCACCGUCCAACUCCACACCCUGCUCUUCGGCGUCGACGACGCCCAGAUCCGCUCCGCCCGCGGCCGGCUCGAGCAGAAUUUCGAGAUCCUCACCAAGCUCCAGACCUACUGGCCCACGCUGGACGUGUGCUUCACCCGCUUCCGCGAGUUCCACAAGGCCUGCCAGAACUACAAGCAGACCUCGUUCCGCAUGGACCGGUGGAUGUUGCAGUUCCUCUUCGAGUUCGCCAAGCCCGUCCGCGAAAAGGACCCGGAUGACCUGGCCGAGUUGAGGCCUUGGUCCAUGAAGGAGCUUGGAUUUAGUCCAUUCUAA